CUAUUACAGAAAUAAGGAAACUAACCGGCUACGAUGGCGACCAAAAGCGACUUGGUGCGUAAGAAAAUCAAGGAACAAAAAGAGAAUAUUUGCAAAAAUAGCCCGAAUCUCUCUAAAGAAGCUGUCAAUGACCUGGAAGCAGCCCUUGGAAGAUUACAUUCCCUAACCUUCAAAGCCGCAAAACAAAAGGAUUUAUUUUUUGAAAACCUACAAUGUCUUCAAGGAUAUCACAUCAUUCAAGUUUUCAAUACAUGGGCGGCCUCUCGUCUUCAAGAUUCACUUAAAGAGCCUCAAAAAUCUACAAAAGAGAUAGUGACACUUUUCGAAAUUUGCUUUCAAUUUUGUUGUUCCCCCAUCAUGUCCAAUAGAGUAUCAUUUGAGGUGUUUAUCAGGACUGUUAAAUUCUGCUUUCCCUCUGAUUCAAAGAAGCACUACUUUUCGACAAAAAUUGUUUUGAUGCUACUCGAGCUUAUGCAGAUUCUCCAAGAAGGAAAACUUACUUUUCCCGCUUUGGAUUCACAGAAGAAAAAUUACUGCAUUAAAAGUGCCGCGGAUCUCUUCGAAGACCUAAUUGCAAUUUUAGAGGCGAGGGACUAUUGCGCGGAAGAUAUUGUGGAUAUAAUCUCUCAAGCAUCUAAGUUUGCCCGGGCAGAUUCCAAACACAAACCUAACUCGGAACUUGUGAAGACGUUUUUUCCUAACUUACAGGCACCUUUUGAUGACUUUAUCCCUGCGAUUUCCUUCAAAAACUGGGGUGAUCUCCUUCAAUUAACGACGGAAGGGGAUGUUGCAUUCAUUCUUCGUUUAGCUAGUGAAGAUCCACUUUAUACACCAUUACCGGGUACCAUAUCUCCUCUUUUCCAUAUGGUAGGUGUCUUACAGGAACUUGAAAGAAAAGGAGAGCAAGUUGAUCUUGGCUGUGAGAAAGAACGACGUGAUGUUUUCUUUAAACACAUGUACGAUAUUUUCAGAGACGGCUACGAGAUGACAGCUACCUCAUUGAAAAUCUUCUCGUGGAAAAAGGUUAACGAUGCCGACUUAGCAGAGGUGUGUAACAUUUUCUUUCUCAGAGAAUGUAAAGAGCCUAGACAAUAUCCAACCCACAGAGUACAAUGCUUCCAAUCAAUCACACAACUGCUGCAUGAAAUUCCAGACGGUAGUCUAGUCACAAGAAUUCUCAAAUUUUGGAUUUACUCAUUUCCGAAUGAUCUGGAAAAAGCGGAGCUUAAGAAAUUGCUAGACCUCUUCAUAGGACUCUUUGAUAAACGAUCAACUGAAAGAGUAAACCGCUUACAAGAAAAAGCUGAACGGCUCUUGGGGUAUAUUGUGAAUAUUUUCAAGCUGCUUUUAAUCCAUCCUUUGCCUGGAGUACCUGGAGUAUUGGAGGAAUUCAAGCGAUUAGCCUAUUCUUUUUUAAAAUGGAUUUCACAAGAAGUUAACUUCAGCGAGGAUGCGAAAGGAAACAUGGUUGCCCUUUUCGUGCGUUGCUUCAAUCGUACAGAAAGAUGCGAUCAAUUUUCCUGCGAAAUCAUCAAAUCUUUGUGCUUAUGCAAAGGUUUGUCCUUAGAAUACAGGGAAACUUUCUCUAAGGAAGUUGUAAACUUUUUCACUCAUCUCGACGAGAACGAAAAAGACAUCAUUGUAGCUUUUGUAUCUAAAGUAUCUACGUCCAGUCAGAGCCUUGACAGUAAUCAGCAAGUCUUCUCCGAACUGUUAGAGACACUGAAUCAAUUGAGUUUCAAACACAAGCUUCUGAAAAGACAAACUAGAUCUAAAACAUUUCAGCUCAUCAUGGAUCUGGCCAAAGCUCCGCUUACGAGCAUGAAGACUGAUAAUAUAGUUCGAAUAUUGAGGCAUUCAAGGAAUUCAAAGGAUGACCUAUCAUGCUACGCAUAUUUUUUAAGAGUAGUAACCUCAGCUACAACAAUUGUCAAAGAAAGAGCUCAAGAGUAUUUUGACAUUCUUUUCUCAGCAAUUUUUGAAACUUUGAAAGGUUCGAAACCCCUCAGUGAGGUCUUUAGCAUUCACCAUCGGAAAAUGACUGACCUACAAUUUGAUGAUGGUGUGUCAGUCGAUGUGAUGACCAUUUGGAAUGUUGUCGUAGCUGGACUAUUAGCAGUCGGCACCUUUAAUGAGAAGGUUGACUCGCAUUGUUGCUUGCCGGUUUUUGCAAGGGCAAAGGGAUUUAACUCCCCCUUCGAAGCAUUGUUACUGUAUUUUGAGUUAAGGCUGGUGUUUUGUAAGGUCAUUUUUUUGUUGACAAAUUCGCCCAAGAGAGGUAAUAGAGAACCAUUACCUCAAGCCCCUGUCGGAAACUUGGUUGAUGCUCUGAAAAUCAUUGUGCAGUCUGAUGUCUUAACAACCGAGGCGAAGCUUAGGUUGAUCCGAAAACUUUUAAUCCUGGUGCAAAGAAAACCAUGGCUUCUUACUGGAAAUACCUUACCCUGUGCACUCAUGAAUGUGAUUCCACUUAGCUGCAAGAUCUGCCAAUCAGAUAAAAUGAAGCAUUUGGACUUUGAGCUCAUUGCAACCAUCAUUGAACGUCCUGGAAUGGUGGAACGCCUUGGAAGUAUUCCUUCGACGCCGUCAAAAUCAAUGUGUUCCGUUCUUUGUUCAAACAUAGAUGAUGUUGGCAAGAUAUACGAUUGUGUUGCCUCCUUCAGAGUUGCAAAGCAAGCAUUCCUGGAGCAUAUGUUACUACUAUUGGAAUCAACUAUCAAGGUUUCCAGCUCAGCCAUUGAGGUAGUUCGUCUCCUAAAAGAAGCAGAAGAACUACUCUGUAAAUUUGACUCACAACUGAUGCCUCUUGCUGUUUCUAUCUUUUCUUACCUUGUUGAAAACAACGUAGCCCCAAAGGAGAGAUUGGCCUUUAUUGCACUGGUUUCUUCACGGUGGGAAACUACUUGCGACUCAAGCGUGUGUUCAAGGUAUGAAAUUCCUCAUAUUCUUUGGAAAGCCUACGAAAGUAGUAGGAAUGGAAAAGGAACGCUUGAGGCCACGGAUCAAAUACACGAACUAAUUGAACGCGUCAAAGACCUGGAAACACGAAUAGUUAAAGAGGCUAUGGAAAAUCCAGGUACCUUUGAGCGUGGCAGCACUAUUCCUUGCGACCUAGAGUGGCUUGCUCUCCAUUCCUCUUUGUCAGGCGAAGAUGUUGCCCUGUGCUUCCACCUCUCUUGCUGUUACCCAGGUGUUCACCGUCUGACUUGUUUCAGCCCGUAUGCAGGUUCUGGUUCGCAAAUACAGGAUGGUCACUCACUGCCUUUACCUCCUCGGAACGACGAAUCAAAAAACAAAGACGAUUUCCGGAGCCGUACAAAGUUCAGUAGUGCCACCCAAUAUUCAUUUGAACAAAAAUCUAAGGCUUUAACAUCAGCGUCUCUCUUGACUCCAGGUAGAAUUGCAGAAAAAAUGAUGAAACAGUUAAGACGUCUCUUAGGUGAUGAUAUAAACCUCUGUGAUAUUGCAGUUAAGCUUUGGAAUUCUUUGUUUGCUAGCGAAUGCUUAACUUGUCCAGAUGAAGUCUGCAAACCUUCAGACGAUUCUUCAGCUUGUGAUAAUGUGGCAAGGCUUUUCCUCUACUGCUUGGAAAAGGCACCGUACUUUGAGGUUGUACCUUUCUGGUUCGACAAUGAAAUCCGCAAGGGCCUUAGUCAGCACCACGUCCUUCAAUGUUCCGAGGUCAUAUUUGGAUCAUGUGGAUGGAACGCCCAAAGCCUGGACAAGGAGGGGCAUCUUAAUAUUCAGGUUGCCAUUAUUUCAAUAUUACAAGACAUCCUGAGAAGUAGCUGUCAGUUUCCCGGAAUGCCCCUUUUCCCACAUACAACAUCCUGUUUUCGUGGUCUUAAACCCCAGCUGGAGUCACUCCUUUGCAUUCUUCAAAAGUUCUUACCGUUUCAAAUAACCUUUGAUCUUCUACAACUCGCCAGAAGAGACCUUCAAGCUGCAACUACGAUUGCAACGAUUUUUCCUCUGUGGACUUUGGAGAGAAAUGAAGCACAAAAGUUGCUGGAGGAAGUUAAAAGGCGCAUCGAAACGGAAGGAUUGCUUAUAAACCCCUUGUGCAAAGACUUUGUUUGGUCAAUGCUAGAAGCGUGCGGCCGGGUUUACAGAGAUAGUUCUAAAGUUUUGCUAGACAAACUCGAAUGGCUAACCGAUUUACACGGCCUGGAUGUUUUAAAUUACGGCCUUGAUCGGCUUUCAAACUGGCGUAGGUUGAUGACGGCGGACGGACACCCUGCCCACGUGAUUGACAAAUGGUGUGUGUUUUUCCUCUUCACGCCCAAAGAGAAUUUUUCUCUGCGUGAUGUUGAUGCAGUUCUUGACCUCAAUCCCUCGUCCCUGCAGCUCGUUAAAAAUUCCUCUGAGAAUAUCAAAAGAUGCUUAUUUUCAGGAAACGGCUUUCGAGAAACGCAUUUGCAGGAAGAAGAAUCACCAAACCCUUUGAUCAAGGAACACCUUCGACUGGCUAGAUUUCUCAGCGAAUUAAUUCACAUAUUGAAGCUCCGUAUGCCUGAAAAAACUGCAAUCGAUGCUGUUGUUGAGAGAAUUGUGGUCCAGGCUUGUAACAAGCUGUGCAAGAGUCAUAUGGAAAAAAUCAAGAAGGAAGAAGAUGAAGUCAGCAAUACAAAAAACAGAACCAAACAGUUAGAGGACAAACAACAACAGGAAGAAGACAAAACAAAUACGGCAGAGGACAAAUCCAAAAAGGGAGGAGACGUAACCAAAAGGGAAAAAGAGCAAACCAAUACGACAGUAAGCAACUCAAAAAGGAAAGAAGAAAAAGAGGUAGAAGCCAGAACCGAGAACAUGGAAGAAAACGAGGGAGAAAAGACGGCAGAUAAAAUUGCAAAAGAUGAAACCAAAAGUAGAAAUCCCUACAGUAUCCUCCGCAAGACACUUGAGGCCCUUUUCAAUGAGUUGUUUGCCAAACAACCCACAAUCGCCGAUAAUCAAUCCAGUUUUCCAAACUGUGGUGAGGCACGUCAGGGACAAGAGAGCGAGUUAAGUUCGACAGGUCCCGUCUUGAAAAGUUCAACUUUGCCGCCGCAUAAUCUCCCAAAUAAAGUUUAUGAGUCAAUGCUGGUAUUAAUGCGACGCUGGUUGUCGGGUAUCGCCAACAAACCAACCCUCGCUUCAAACACUAUGAAGAUUGUUAAAUCACUUUUCUCAUUCUCGUAUGAGAAAAAUCAUUCCCAGAUAAAGAAGCUACAAGACGAGAUUCGACUUCAAAUUCUAUCAUUUCCAAGAAAUCAGCUUCUUCUUUCUCAAUUUCAAGCAGCAGGCUACAACCAAGGAGACUUGGUGGACUCUAAGGACCUUUGGGCUUCGCCCUCUCUCGAACUCUCUUGUUUCCUCAGCAAGAGUGAGUUUCCAAGUGAGAAACGAUAUGAAACGAAACUAACGAAUGUCCUCAGGCUUCAUUGGAUCCAAUGGAAGGACCUGCUUUUCAUGCUGAAUAUUCACUCUAUAAAGAUCGAUGACUGUGACUUUCCCACGAGAGAUCUCUUUGGAAUUCAAGCUUCGCUGGAUGAAAUGGAGAAGCAGGUUGCGGCAGCUAUAAAAGAAAUUGGUGGGCGGAUUGAGUCUGAGGACGUUACCAGACGCGUGACGCAACUAAUUCGUGAAGAGCAGCGACACCGUGCCAGAGUGACUAAAUUCCACAAGAGAAAAGAGACUGACAAGCCUUGUAAAAAUAAGACGGAAAAAGGGAAGACAAAACUGGUGGCUGUGUGGGAAAACCGAUUUUUAGAAAACAUCAAACUUUGCUCAGAGUUAAUUCCAGGUUGUUACGCCCCCAACGGUUUCCACUCUGAGAAACCUGUGAUUUGCGCUUUGUCCGUGGACAACAGGAUCUUGACUGUGUUCAAAGAGGAGAAAGGCCGCAGAGAGGAAAUCGAGAAUGUCGAAGUUAAGCUCUUUGAAGCUGGUUUGUACGUGUACGGGUUGCAUACCAGUGGUCAUGACUACGUCACUGACGAGCUGUGGGCCGCAUUUUAUAAAAUGCUAUUGGAAAAAAGAUUGGUGCCCACAAUUGUCUUGUCCAAUGAAAGCCCGGGAUUUCAUUGGAUCAAGAAAUUUGUACAGCCUGUAAAAGUACAUCCCUGCUUCUGGAAGUGGCACCUACAUUGCGGCAUCGUUCCUCCAGAAGAAGACUAUUUAGACUACCGCCCAAUUGAAGCAGCCCUAUGUCCUUGGUUACACGGACUGAGCGAAUACCUUACCUUAACAAGGAUAAACGUCGCUAGGUUUCGUUUCAGAGAUUUCACGGAUGCUCAAGUCGUUGAGAGGAAAGAGCAGCAGGCGAAAGAAGUGGCAAGAAAAUUCAAGGCCACUCCUCAACUGGAACGGGAAUUGCACUCGCUACACAACGACGCCUUAGUAAUAGAGAAACUGCCAUCGAAACUGGAAUUCGCUGUCAAGAAAACACUCACCCAAAUUGUAAAGGGAGAAUGGCCCACCACAGAAACUGUCAAGAAGCAUAUCGAUAUGAGAAGGCUGGCGUUUAUCAAAUGUGAAGAGUGCAAAUUGAAAAUUCAAAAAUGUCAUUGUAAAAGUUACCAUGAGGAUUAUGCAACUAUUGUACUUAGGGUGUGUGAAAACGUCCGGGAAACACUCUUAGUUUUGCUUUUCUGUGUGUUUCUAGUCAAUCUGUUUGCUCUGGACUAAUAUAGCUCUUGGUUAGGGGGUUUUAGGAAAACGCUAGUUGAAUGAGGACACUUCUUCCGAAUAAAGUUUCUUUGAAGAGACCUAAUUUUCUUUUAGUUUUAUUUUGUUUUGCCCUUUUCUGGCCUCCACUGAAAGGCAGAGUGACGCCUAAAAAAGUAGGAACCACUCAGGGGUCAAAGGUGGUUGGGCUGCAGACAUAAGUUUACUUUUGUCGUUUAGCUGUUUCCUUUGUUUUCGUUAUUUUUUAGAGGGCUCUUCUAUAGAGUGUUGUGAAAUUAAACCAAAGUAAUCAAAGUAAUCUAAACGAAUGAAAAUAUAAGUUUAUGAAAAAUGAGCCAACAAGAACGCAAAGUAAAAACAUGCAAACUGUUCAGGGCGCGAGAAAACACGGGUGACAAAGCCACGCAUGGUCUUAGUUUUAAAGCCGACUUUCUGGACCAAUUACUGAGCGUAGUAGAGAAAAAAAAGUGAUCUUGAAUUACUUUAAACGCUCAAACGAAAGUGCUCUAUGCGCAGAACAUAGUUGGUUAACCAGAGCAAUGCUACUAUUAAAUUACAAGACUUUAAGAAGCUGAACUUUUAAUAUCUACAUACUGACAUUCAAUCAAAAAUCAGAUCCAUUUCAUAAGUACCUGACUUUAAGUGUUUUACUAUUAAAUAUUAUUAGCUAUGCCAAAAUGCUGACUUCUAUUAGUUAUUCGCUACAGUGAACUGAAAUCUUGAAGGUGUACAGAGUCUGGUUGGUAGCCAGAGCUAAGUCAAGAUAUAGUGAAUGGAUUCAAUCCAGAGAUAACGAAGAUCAUGUGGCCUGAUCGUCCGGGUUAGAGCGGUCCUGGUCCCAACUGAUGUCGAACACCCUAAACAGAAGUUACCUUCAGAGUCAUGUGAGUUAGACAUAGCCCAAUUCAGGACUACUCUCACCUGGACAAUCAGACUACAUGAUUGAAUAAGUGAAAAUUGGUAACUUUUAAUUGCUACCCAGGCAGAGGUUUGAGCAGGGGAAAAUAAGUAAUCAAUGUGACUUGGCACUUGACAUAUUUCACAUAGAAUUGAGUGAGAGACCCAGUGAAUCUUGUAAUGACCAGCUACUCAACCUUUAGCACCAAAACCAUGAUAAGUGAAGUAAACAGUCAAUACUAACACAAACUGUAAUAGAAUAAUUCAGAUCAGUUUAUAUCAAUUGUGAAAAGUGAAUCGUCCAUUCCUAUAAACUGGUAUCAAUAAAGGACUGAGAGGAAUUUCAAAGUAUAAUUCCGGCAAAACCUAAUUUUGAAGGUUGUACAACUGACAGACAGAGACACACAGAGAGAGAAACGCUGAAAUACAUACACACAGACAAAAGACAGCCCAACACACAGACAGACACCUAUUAAUGCAAAAAUAGCCGAGGUAAUCGCAAAAACAAGCAAGUGGAAAUGAGGCCCUUGAAUUUAAGUGCCUGUGAGAAUGGCCCCUCUUGGGAUGUCAUCAAUAAUUUCACUACUUACAGUUACAAUCAUUCUUACACAAAUAACAAAUUUUUCCACUACAGUACCACAACAUUGUCAAGCAGAAAGGUAAAGAAAAUAAAGAAAAGCAUGACCUGA